AUGCCAGCACGAGUCGGACGGGCAUCAAAGACCAGUGCCGCGACCCGUAGUCGUGGCUCAGGUUCUGCGCGCACCUCAGCCAACGCGAUCGAAAUACCAGACGAAGGCCCAACGACAACACUGAGGACCCGUGUAUGCCAAAUAUUUGCAGAUACAGCACGCAGCACUACUGCGCAGCGAAAGCUUGUUGUCAACCUCCGGAAGAUUCAAGAAGCAUGUUGUUACGAGCCUACCCUCCCAGCAAAGAAGAACAAACCGGAAGCAAGUUCGAGCGAAGAGGACUUCAAUGAAGAGACUGGGAGAUGCUUGGUUCGUGUCUUGGCUAUUAAGAAGAGUGAACCGGCCGGAGACAACGUUGUGAGGUUCAUUACCCUUUUCUUGAAACAUGCCAGCGAAAAAGAUGCAGCACUUGCCCACGGCGAAGAUGAGACUACCGACUUUGUCGACGAGACCCCUAGCACUAGAUUGACAACGCACGUACUGAAAUUGGCAUUGCAAGUGCUCGACGUAAAAGACAAGGUCGUACGAUUCAGAGCAACCCAGAUUAUUGUGCAAAUUAUCAUCACUGCGGAUUCUGUGGAUAACGACCUAUUUCAACACCUACGACUUGGCCUACUGAAGAGAUUACGCGAUAAGGAAAGUUCUGUGCGGGUCCAAGCAGCAAUCGGACUUUGUCGGCUUGCCGAUGACACUGACGAGGAUGAUGAAGACGACGACAGUGACGACGGAUUGGCUGGGGGUAUCCUCGACAAACUUCUAGAUGUCUUACAGAAUGAUCCGAGCGCUGAAGUUCGCCGAAAGCUACUAUUGAAUCUACCAAUCUCACAGAGUACCUUAUACCACCUCCUCGAACGAGCUCGUGAUAUGGACUACGCAACAAGGAAGGCAGAAUAUGCACGUUUUCUGCCUCAGCUCGAUUUCAGACAUAUAUCUUUGACUACCAGGGAAAAGUUGAUGAGAUGGGGUCUUCGCGAUCGUGAUGAGAACGUUCGCAAGGCCGCUGCACGUCUCUUCUGUGAGCGAUGGAUUGAAAACUGUGCGGGUCAACCGAACGCGACUGAAGACGGGACGUCCGCGCCUCAGGGUCAAAAUGCCGUGCCUUCACUGGCAGCGCUCCUAGAGCUGCUAGAAAGGAUUGACAUUGUCAAUUCCGGUACCGAGUCUGGCUUUGGCAAAGACGCGAUGAAGGAGUUUUGGGAAAGACGACCUGAUUAUCGCGAAUAUCUAUCGUUUGAUGAUGAUUUCUGGUCCAAUCUGACACCAGAGAGCGCGUUCGUCGUACGCACUUUGAAUGACUACUGUCGAUAUGCGAAAGACAGUCGACUUCAGGAGCUGAUUGAGGAGAAGAUGCCGGAAGUCACCAAAUUCGCGUUUUUCCUCAAGAAUCACCUAAAUGUGUUUAUCGAGGGUGUUCGAAAGGUGGCAUCGAGCGAAGAUACCGAGAUUGAGGAAGAUACUGUGCAGCAGGAAUUUUGCGUUGAACAAAUGCUUCACAUGGCGCUUACUUUUGAUUACACGGAUGAGGUUGGGCGGAGAAAGAUUUUUUCGAUUAUGCGCGAGGCCCUUGCUCUGCCCGAGUUGCCGGAAGAGUCUACUCGAUUGGCCAUAGAAGUUUUGCGUACCGUCUGCAGCCAGGAUGCGGCUGGUGAACGAGAAUUUUGUGCCGUCGUACAAGAAGCCAUGGCAGAGAUACGCGAUACUGUCGUUGGCGAAGAUGGUUCGGACAUAGCAGCAGAUGACAGCUUUCAUUCUGCUCGUUCCGAGGUUAGUGGAGAAGACACGCCUCCUCCCAACAAGUUGAGGAGAUCAUCCAGUGAACGCGAAUUCACAGAGGCCGACGAGGAGAAGGCCUUCAACAUACUCGUCGUCACCAUGAAGUGCUUACAUCUUGCGCAGUGCAUGCUGCAAGAAGUAAAGAUGGAUCUAUCGCAGAACAAUGAAUUGACGACCAUGCUGCACAUCCAGAUCAUUCCGGCUGUUCAGAGUCAUGAGGCGGCUAUCAGGGAGCGAGGCAUCAUAUGCCUGGGUCUCUGUUGCUUACAGAGUAGAGAAUUGGCCGAGUCAAACAUGGACCUUUUGAUGCACUGCUUUGCCAAGGGCGCUGAGUCCCUACAGGUCAUAUGCCUUCAGGUCAUUACUGAUAUCCUUAUUCACCAUCCCACCCUCUUUACUUCCCUAAAGGUGGCAGAGGAGGGAAACCCGAAUUCAAGUAAGAGAAAGGAGGUCACUCAACGCAUAAUCGUCAAAGCAUACAGGAAGGCCCUCUUGGAAUCAGCGCCAGCAGCUCUUCGACUCAACGCGGUUAUCGGGCUUUCCAAAUUGCUACUACUUCACGUACUCCCCGCUGAGUACGAAGCAGGGAUUCUAAGAGAUCUCAUAUUCAGGUUCUUUUCGCCGGAUACAACAGCCAACCCAGGUCUUCAACAAGCUCUGAGCUAUUUCCUCCCUGUUUAUUGCCAUAGCAGGCAAUUCAAUGCAGUCCAGAUUGCUGGACUACUCACAGAUGUAAUUCACGAGCUCAUGACGAAUCUUGAGACUAACUUCGCCGAAGAAGACUUUGUGGGCUGGACAACCAUUGUUGGAAUGCUGGCAGAAUGGACGGAUGGAAGGCGCAUUGUCAAUACAGGCAUGGUCAGGGCAAGCCAAAACGACGUAGAGGUAGAUGAGCCUCAUGUCGUGCUGGCGCUUGACAUAUUGGAACGAGUCACGGACUCACGCUGUUCACAGGAAGAAUGUAAGCAACUCUUAGCCCUUCUAUCCAAGCUAUACAUCCCUGCGAACGCCACGACAUCAAAGUCCCAUGUUCCUAGUGCGGAGUACGUUGGAACCCUGCAGGCAUUGAACGAUCUCGCGACGAGUGCGCUGUCGUCUGGCGUUGCACCAGAUGCUACGAGUCGGACAACGCUUACCAAGCUCCAAGCGUCCCUCACCAAGAUCGUCGGCGAAGCCGAAGUCGUCGCUGACGAUAUUGAGGACGAAGACCAGAAAUCUGUGGCAACCGAGACCAGUGAUGGCGCUCCUGAUGAGGAUGAAGGCAAUGAGACUGAAGUGCCUAAUGUAGGUGACGUCGAUGAAGACGAAGGAGAGGACACUGAAGUACCUGAUGAAAAUGGUGCUGUGAUGGCACCUGAACCAAUUCCUGCCGUUAAGGAAGACAGCGACACUGAGAUGCAGGACUCGGAGAUGGUUGAUGCCGUCGAUUCAACCGAAGUAGAACACCAAGAAGGUGCCGAAACUAUGUUUGGGGCUCCGCCCGAAGCUGAAGGGACUAUAAUUCCGGAAGUCAGACUAUCAAAGCGAGGGAGGGGCAGGCCAAAGAAAGCAGCACCACAGAGGAGUAAUGCACCCAGGAAAAGUAAUGAUGAGAGUAUUGUAAAUAGUCUGCUGGACAGCGAAAUGUGA